AUGGCCAACUCAGACACCUCGAUUGAGUAUGGCAGCGACGAAGGAGUUGAGAAGCGAGACUAUCCAGUCAAAUGGUACCGCUCAACGUUUUUCAACAUGACCAUCUUGGGACUCUGCAACUUCAGCGCACCAGGUAUCUGGGGCGCAAUGAACAGUCUCGGUGCCGGCGGAGCCCAAUCACCACAUCUCGUCAACGCAGGCAACGCACUUACAUUCUGUCUCAUGGUCGUGAGCUGCUAUUUCAGUAGCGUAAUAGUGCAUUACGUGGGCAUCAAAGGAGCACUGAUCUUUGGAACCAUCGGCUACGCCCCCUACGCAGCAGCGCUCUACACAAACAACCGCUUCGGAACCGAGUGGUUCAUCUACCUCGGCUCCUCCCUUUGCGGCAUCUCAGCAGGGGUCUUCUGGAUGGCCGAAGCUGCGAUCGCGAUUGCAUACCCCGAACCAUGGAACAAAGGAAAGGCACUGGGGUAUUGGCUCACAUACCGGCUUGCUGGCCAGAUUCUUGGAGGAGCUAUCAACCUUGGUUUAAACGCAGAUCGCGAUCAAGCUGGUAAAGUCACAUACACCGUGUAUCUGAUCUUCAUCGCUUUGCAAUGUGUUGGACCUGUGGUGGGACUGUUCCUGAAUAGUCCGGGUAAAGUCCAGAGGAAGGACGGGAAGAAAGUCAAUUUGGCUAUCCUAGAGAACCCAUGGGUCGAGAUCAAGGAAAUUACGAGGCUGUUCUUCACCAGGCGCUUCUUACUCAUCCUUCUUUGGAUCGGGCAAGCUGUCUUCGCUGAGGCAGUAUUCUUUACCUAUCUUGCUCUAUGGUUCUCCGUGCGUGCCCGCGCUCUCGGGUCGUUCCUCUCCGGCAUCAUCGCAGUGACCUGUGGAAACCUACUCGGCCAAUACCUCGACCGCACCAAGAUUCCUCUGCGUGCCCGCGCACGCAGUACCUUCUGGGUCAUCGUCGUUCUACAAGGCGCCUGGUGGCUCUGGGCAACGAUACUCGUCACUGAGUUUCGCGAUUCGAAACCAACAUACGAUUGGACGUCACCUGGCUUUGGGCGCGCUUUCGCCGUCUUCAUCUUUCUGACUGCUGGCUUUCAACUCAACUACCUGUUCCUAUACUUCAUCAUUGGCAAGUUAGCGGUAGACGAGCCUGAGGUCAUUCGUUAUGCCGCGUUGUUGAGAGGGAGUGAGAGUGCUUGGCAGGCUGUCAGUUACGGUAUUACGAGUCUGACUGUAUUUGCUGAAGUUGGAGCUGUGUAUUGGAAUUUUGCGUUGUGGGGUGUGGCGAUAUGGCCGGCAUGGUUGGUUUUGAGGGAGUUUGGGGUUGGGGAGAAGGUGUCCCACACACAGCCUGUCGAGAGUGGCUCAGUUGACUACGAACAACAGGAGGUGGAAGGGAUACAAAAAGGCUUAUCGGGCUGA